AAUCGAGCUCUCGUUGUUUCGGAGAAAAGAACUUACAAGAUCGUCAAUGAUAUCCCAUAUCCAGUACUAAAAUCCGCAGACGAAAUUAUCAUCUCCAAUCGUGCCGUAGGACUGAACCCAAUUGACUGGAAGAGCGUGGAAUUCAACUUCUGUUUACCAGAAUUCCCGUGGAUUACUGGUCGGGAGGUAGCUGGUGUUGUCAAAGCGAUUGGAGCGAAUGUUAAGGAACUGAAAGUUGGAGAUCGAGUUUGGGCCAGUACAUACUACAGAGAUCGAAGAGCAGGUUGCUUCCAGCAGUAUGUCGCUGUUCCACAACAUACCGUCACCCGAAUUCCAGACAACUUGGACUUUGAGUCCGCAUCAUGCCUAGGGGUCGCCGGGCUCACAGCCGCAAUGACACUAUGGAAAUGGCUGGAUGUACCCAUUGGGUCAGUCUCGAGACUUCCGGCUCCCAGUUCCAUCGAAUAUAUCGUCAUUUGGGGUGGAUCCACGGUGACAGGACAAUUCGCCAUUCAGAUAGCAAUCCAAAGCGGACUACAUGUCAUUGCGGUGGCUUCGGAAAAAACAAGACCUCUGGUAUUAAGUCUAGGAGCAACUCGCGUUGUGACGCGCGAUGGGAAAACAAAUGACGAGAUCGUCUCAGAAAUUCGAACACUCGGAGGCGAUAAUAUCACUCGUGCUGUGGAUUUGGUCGGCGCCGAAACCGCAAAAUUCUGUCUGGAGUUAUUUUCAACGACCAAGCCCGGGCUGUUUGCUCCGUUGGCAAUGAUUUCGAGCGACACAUACAUACCUGAGAAUAUAAAAGUCAAGAGUGUGGAAAUGAAACAAUUUAUCCUCAAUCCCGAGUCCAAAAUUUACGCCACCGAGCUGAACCGUCUAGUUUCGGACGGACUGGUAAUCAUGCCCACCAUCGAGGUCUUAAACGGGGGACUUGACAGCAUUGAAUCGGGUCUAGAACGGCUGAAAAGGAGUGAUAUG